GUACAGUACACAACACCAAAAAGAAAGCUGAGGAGCUGCUUGGUAAAGAAGCUGUACGGUUUCCUUUUUAAGAAAUAAAAAUACUUUUUCUUUCAGAUAUUUUCACGUUUCCUCUGACCUAAAGAAGAUGGCACAGUGGAACCAGCUUCAGAUGCUGGACUGCAAGUACCUGGAGCAGGUGGACCAGCUUUAUGAUGACUCGUUCCCCAUGGACAUCAGGCAGUACCUGAGCAAGUGGAUCGAGAGCAUCGACUGGGACACAGUGGCGAUGCAGGAUUCCUUAGCCACAGUUCGGUUCCACGACCUCCUGGCUCAGCUCGACGACCAACAUAGCCGCUUCGCCCUGGAAAACAACUUCCUGCUGCAACACAACAUCCGCAAGAUUAAGAGGAAUUUACAGGAUCGGUUCCAGGAAGAUCCCGUCCAUAUGGCCAUGAUCAUCUCCAGAAACCUGAAGGAGGAGCAGAAGAUUCUGGAUGGUGCAAAGAGUGCCGAGCCAGAAGGUGAGGGCACGGUGUCGGCCAUGGUGGUGGAGAAACAGAAGCUGGACAACAAAGUGAAGGAGAUGAAAGACAGAGUUCAGGUGGCGGAUCAGAACAUUAAAAAUCUCGAAGAUCUGCAGGAUGAUUACGACUUUAAAUUCAACACACUCAAAAACAGAGAGAAUGAAAUGAACGGCAUGACACACAAGGAGCUCGAAAAGGAGAAAAUUAUGGUUUCUAGAAUGUGUCUUGAACUGAAGACCAAGCGACAGGACAUGGUGACCCAGCUGAUGGAUCUGCUGAACGUCACUCAGGCAUUGGUUUCAGACCUGAUCUCUGAGGAGCUGCCCGAGUGGAAGCAGCGACAGCAGAUCGCCUGCAUCGGGGGGCCGCCCAACGCCUGUGUGGACCAGCUGCAGAACUGGUUCACAGCAGUAGCUGAGAGUCUGCAGCAGGUCCGUCAGCACCUCAAGAAACUCCAGGAGCUGGAGCAGAAGUUCACCUACGACAAUGACCCCAUCACACAGAAAAAAACUUUCCUGGAGUCCCGAGCUCUGGAUCUCCUCAAGAACCUCCUGUCCAACUCCCUGGUUGUAGAGCGACAGCCGUGCAUGCCCACCCACCCACAGAGACCCAUGGUGUUAAAAACAGGCGUCCAGUUCACUGUGAAACUCAGGUUCCUGGUGAAGCUGCAGGAGUUUAACUACCAGCUUAAAGUCAAGGCGAUGUUUGACAAAGAUGUUACAGAAAAGAAAGGGUUUCGAAAGUUCAACAUUUUGGGAACAAAUACCAAAGUUAUGAACAUGGAGGAGUCGAACGGCAGCCUGGCAGCAGAGUUCAGACAUUUACAACUAAAAGAGCAGAAAGUUGCCGGCAACCGAACAAACGAGGGUCCUCUGGUUGUCACCGAGGAGCUUCACUCGCUCAGCUUCGAGUCGGAGCUGCAGCUCAACCAGUCAGGACUCAACAUCAAACUGGAGGCCAUGUCCCUGCCUGUUGUUGUCAUCUCUAACGUCUGUCAGCCCAGCGGCUGGGCCUCCAUCCUCUGGUACAACAUGCUGACCUCCGAGCCCAGGAAUCUGAAGUUCUUCCUCAGCCCUCCGCAGGCCAAGUGGUGUCAGCUGUCCGAGGUCCUCAGCUGGCAGUUCUCCUCCGUCACCAAGCGAGGCCUGAACCAGGAGCAGCUCAACAUGCUGGCUGACAAACUGCUCGGAGCCAAAGCCAAGAGGAACCCAGAGGGACAAAUCCCCUGGACCAAGUUCUGCAAGAGUGCGAACGAGAAAGCGUAUUCCUUCUGGUUGUGGAUCGAAGGAAUCCUGGAUGUGAUUAAAAGACACCUGCUUUCCCUUUGGAAUGACGGCUCCAUCAUGGGCUUCAUCAGUAAGGAGGAGAAGGCUCUGCUCAGUGAUAAGUGUCCCGGGACCUUCCUGCUCAGGUUCAGUGAGAGCAGCAGAGAGGGAGCCAUCACCUUUACCUGGAUCGAAUACGACCUCUGCAACAAGCCGCUCUUUCACUCUGUGGAGCCGUACACGAAGAAGGAGCUGUCAGCCGUCUCUCUGCCCGACAUCAUCCGUACCUACAAAGUGAUGGCUGCCGAGAACAUCCCCGAGAACCCGCUCCGCUUCCUCUACCCCAACAUCCCAAAAGACAAGGCCUUCGGGAAAUACUACCCCAAACCCACAGAGACUCAGGAGCCCAUGGAUGUGGAGAACAAUCCAGAUAAGAGCGGCUACAUGAAGACAGAGCUCAUUUCUGUCUCUGAAGUACAUCCGUCCAGACUGCAGGACAACAUGUUGCCCAUGUCUCCUGAUGACUACAGGGCGUUGUCACAGUUAGUCGCCAGAGACAUUGAUGCUGUGACCAGCAAUCUUCUUGGAUUUGAAGAGCUUGAUGUUCAGAUGAGUGCAGACUUGGAGUGAGACCAAAACUGUCAACUGAGAAGGUUCUUCAUUUCAUCCAAGUCUUCUUUCUGUUCUCUCUUUCAGUGUCUUUGUUUCAUCAGUGGUUGAACUCUGAUGAUCAUUUUAUCUGCUCUUAGAGGUGUGGUAAAGACCCUCACUACUUUUAAGUUAGAUACAGGUCAGUGCAGUAACCAGUCACCUUCUAGACACAUUUGAGUGAUUACAUUCACUCUACUUGGAAGUCAAAGAAUUUAGAUUUUUGCCUGAUAAUUACGAGGCCAAAAAGUAGAAAAGGCUUAAAAAGACAUUCAAAACAAAAACCCUUGAUGCUAAAGAGUACGAUAUUUAUCAGGUCCUGACGGCUUUAUGAUUUUUUUUGUUAAUUAUUCGAGUAGAAAUAAAUAUAAUACAUCUGGUCUGAAUAUGGUUUAAAUCCGGUUGAAACAUUAUUUUGUAAAUAUUUUUAAUAAAUGUGAACUAUAUCUACUCUGUUAGACAGUGAAAUUGAAGAAUGUGAAUCUGUAUGCCUUUUUUGUGACACAGGUAUUAUAAAAAUAUCCUCAUUCAUAGGACACUGUAUUAAAAGUAUGAAUUUAUGUGUUUGAAAAACAAAACACCUUUAAGUUGUGUGUUGAGGUUUCCUGUAGCCCUCUGUCUGAGCUUUUUUUUAAUCUAAAGAACUGUAUGUUUAGCUUUGCUUUUCAAAAGUGAUCUAACACUGCGGGCCGAAGCAAUAAAACUAAAAAAGCCAC